AUGGUGAAAGAACGGAUGGUGGAUAACCUGGUAAACGAUUCAGAGAAAGCAUCUACUCUUAAAAUGCUUCCCACUAAUGUUACAUCAACCCCAAAUGGCACUGAAAAAGGCACUUUCUUGGUGCUGGAACUGAAACAAGACACAUUCCAAAUCUCUCAGGUGAAACUUGAUGGUCGUAACAAUCCAGAAAUUGAAAGUGAAAAUUUCUCUAUCCCCAAAACGCAGCUCUUUGAAGAUAUUGCUAGCUACUUGGCUACAUUCAAGAAGCGGCGAAACAUUCAGAUUGAUUUACCCAUAGGCUUUACCUUCCCAUUUACUUUCAUCGAGAACACGGAAGAUGAGAGCACCCUCAUCUCAUGGUCAAAAAGAGUAUUUUAUCAAGGAGUGGAAAAUAGGAACAUGGUGCAGUUACUACGUGAGGCCAUAUUUAAGCAAGAGAAUUAUAAACCAAAAUAUAUCACUUUUGUUAAUGACACUGUUGGAACAAUGAUGAAUUGUGGUUUCAAACAUUCUGACUGUGAAGCUGGCCUCAUUGUAGACAACAGUAGUAAUAUUUGUUAUAUGGAAAUGGAAAAUACGAGGGGGAAUGAGGAUGACUUGAAUAGCUGGAGACGGUGUGUGAAAGUGGAGUGGGGCUCGUUUGGUGAUAACGGAGAUCUUCAGUCUUUCUCUACAAUAUACGAUCAAAAAGUAGAUAAGGAGUCUGAGAAACGAGGGAAACAGUGUUUUGAAAAGAUGGUCAGUCUGACGUACGUUGGAGAAAUAGUGCGUCAUGUUUUGCUUGCCAACGACCGGCUGAUGCGUCAUGAUGGAAACCAUUCCAAGCUGCAAGAGAAGUAUUGUCUUAAACCUGGUGAUAUUUUAACAAUUAGCAAAACUCAUUUACAAGUAGACUUGAGCAUUCCAUUUCAGAAGAAUUACAAAUUUAGACUUAAAUUGGCUCAUCCGGCCAUUCCUGCCAGAACUCCGAAUCUCCAAAUGGCACAAUGGAGAAAUGAACCAAUGAACUAA